CGGCAAUCAGCAGGCCAUGCUGAAGCUGAAGAGAAAAGUCUGCGCGGCGUCACCUUCACAAGCUUGAAGUUGCAGCCUUGCUAGCAUGCUCGAUAGGCUUUCAAUCAAUUCCUGAUUCCGAAGGCGGCUGGCUGGGUCAAUCCUUCUUGUCCUCUCUUUCCAAAAGGACGAGCUCACGAUCGGGGCCAGCGGCCAUCGUUGUCCUUGCUGAUUUUGCUGAAUCCAAUGGUGUCAGACAACUGCAUCCAACAAUGCCGUCCUAGCUGGGCAGUGUGCCAGGGCCCCGAUCCCAUAAGGAAAGUAGGGUCACAUCGGAGCUGAUUGCACAUUCCCUUCAUGCAGCUGUAUUCGGCUGGCCGUUUCUCCGCCAGAUGAACUCACCACCUUCAAGUAGCCAAUCACAAAAUCCUCUCCUUGCCUAACCUUACUGCGGCGAAAGAUGAUCGAUUCCGGCGCAGGGCAUUCAUCCCCACCCCCAAAGGAGGGCGAUGCAGGCAGUCUGAAUGGUCAGCUGGACAGCCCUCUGAACAGGGUUGCGGGGCUCACCCUCAACUCCUCCCCUAACUUGACAGCCCUCCUCCAGGAGCACGAGCAAAAGGAACAAGCGGGCAGCUCUGAGAGGAUGAAAAGAUCUCCAGAGAAAGAGGAGGGGUUGCGGGAGGAGGAGCAUGCUAGCCCCACAAAAAAGCGGAACUUACAGGUUGACACCGACAACGCCAGCGACACCCCCUCCUCCGUCCGUUUCCUCAUCUCCAACGCUUCCGCCGGGUCCAUCAUUGGCAAGGGGGGGUCCACCAUCAGCGAAUUCCAGCUCCAGUCGGGGGCCAGAAUACAGCUGUCCCGCAACCGCGAGUUUUUCCCGGGCACCACUGACCGCAUCAUCCUGCUCAGCGGGACUAUCAACGCCAUUCUCACCGCACUGCACUUAAUCCUUUCCAAGAUCAUGACCGAGGAGGCUGGGGGGGGAGACAUCUCUCAGAAAACGAGCCAGGUGAAGCUCAUAGUUCCCAACGCUGUCUGCGGGGGGAUCAUUGGCAAAGGAGGGGCGACAAUAAGGGCGUACGUAGAAGACAGCGCGGCCAACAUUAAGCUGUCGGGGCAGGACCAAGCGGUCCCUGGGGUAACGGACCGCAUUGUUACAAUCACGGGGAAGCUGGAGCAGCAGAUGCGCGCAGUGGCGCUCAUCCUGGCCAAAAUGACGGAGGAUCCCAACUACAUGUUGUACUCCAACAUGCCGCUCUCCUACUCCGUUUACACUCCCGUAGGCAUGCCCCACGGCCCAAUGCCCCUGCACGGGUUUCCCAUGGGCCCUGGUCAGGGCAUGCCAUUCCAGCAGCACCCCAUUUUGCCCCCCCAACACAUGGCCCAGCUGGCGGGAAUGAUACCGGGGGGUCCUCCAACGCACGCAAUCACGGUUGCCGUGCCCGACGAGCACGUCGGGGCCAUUGUUGGGCGGGGGGGAAGGACGAUCACCGAGAUUCAGCAGAUGGCGGGCGUCCGAAUCAAAAUUUCGGACCGGGGCGACUUCGUUAUGGGCACCACUAACAGAAAAAUCACCAUCACGGGUCCAUUGGAGGGGACGCAAAUCGCCCAGUAUUUGUUGAGCCAAAAAGUCCACCAGAACGCCACGGAAUAUGGUCACGGGCACAUGCAAUAGCAGCUGAUGGUGCCAGCUGGAACGGGGGUGGCGGUGAUCUUGGAGAAAGGGGGGCGAUCGGAAGGGAAAGGCCCCGGCGGAACUGGAAGAUCGAUAUAAGAGAGUGUGAAUACGGAGGUUUCAAAGCCGUGGACAAGUGGGGGAGUCCUGCUAUAGACAGGAGCUAACUAACCCGGGGGAAGGAGAGAUAGACAGGUUACGAGUGUGGAUUUAUCGCUGCGGCUAAUCCAUGCACGUGAAUGGCUUGAGGUAAGGACUUUGAAGGACCUGUAUCAUAGUAACACAGACGGUUGAGGAGUGCAAUGAUUCGCGCAAUUGCCCGAGAGCGAACAUGUCGGCGUUGGGAUGGGAGGAUUCCUGGAAGGGGCGCGAGUAGAUUGUGACCCUUGCUCAGCGACGCAGGGGUUGAGCUCGGUUACUGCGGCUUAGAAAAACGACAGGGGAUGACAAGGAGAGCUUGGUGGAACAAGUUUGGUGUGCCAAAGCUUUGGCGCCAUGCAUAUAGGCUGUGAGCUUGUAUACUGUCAGCUGGCCAAGCGGUCCGGUUGCUGGUUAGUGCUUGCUGGCCCUGCCAAGUGCAUAGGAAACAGUGUAUGCGAGCGGUAGCGUAGCAUUCGAUAGCAUAAUUUGACUGCCAACUGUCUGGUGAGACGGUAGUAUCUAGCUUCUCGAGGGCCAAUGCAUCCAAAAUUUGUCAUUGGCACAACUCCAUAAAAGUUUUCUGGUUGACCUCAAGCGUAUCAUUCAGGUCACGAUUAAGAGUGAACGUGACCUUGGAUUACUUGCAUCCUCGGUCGGAAGAUCCACGGUCUCAUCUGCUCGGACCAUUGCAGAGGUGACCAACUAGAUGCGCAAUGAUUUUCCGUAGGAACAUGUUGCAACUAAACGCGAGUCUGACAUCCCGAGUUCAGUUGAGCUUUGUGCAUGGAUCAUUAGUAUAGAGACAAUCAUUAACCAAGCAAACCUGAUCAUUGCCCCGCA